AUGGACGAUGUAAGUGCAGUGCCAAGGGUUAUGUCGUUCCAGUUAUUAAAUGAAAUUACAAAAAAUUUCUCUACGGAAAUGAAAAUUGGCGCUGGAUCAUUCGGAAAUGUUUAUAAGGGACAGCAUACAGAUGGGGAAUGGAUUGCUGUGAAGCUGCUUCAUAAUUACAUUCCAGGACUUGAAGAUGAGCAAUUUGAGAAGGAGUAUCACAAUCUCGCAAAUCUGCAACACAACAAUAUUGUGCGGUUAGUUGGCUAUAGUCAUGAAACUCGGCGAGAAUUCCUACCUUAUAAUGGUGACCUGGUCUUGGCUGACAUUACACAGAGAGCACUUUGCUUUGAAUAUAUGCAAAAUGGAAGCCUUGACAAAUUUCUUACUGAUGAAUCUAAGGGACAUGAUUGGCGCACACGCUAUGCAAUAAUUAAAGGAAUUUGUCAGGGUUUGAAAUAUCUUCAUGAGGAAUUGCAAACUCCAAUGUAUCAUUUGGAUUUAAAACCAGCCAAUGUACUGCUAGAUGAAAAUAUGGUGCCCAAAAUCGCGGAUUUUGGCUUGUCAAGGCUCUUCGGAGGAGAACAGUCAAAAUUCACAAAAAGUGACAUAGGAACACGUGGGUAUGUACCACCGGAAUAUAUAGACGCCUGUAUAAUCUCCAUUAAGUUUGACAUAUUCAGUUUGGGUGUGGUAAUUAUAAAGAUAAUGGCAGGACCAACGGCAUACUUUCGAAGUGCUGAAAUGUCUCCCCAAGAAUUCAUAGAGAUUGUACAUGCUUACUGGAACACUAAGCUACAAACAACACUGGUUCACGCAUUGGAGCCAUAUUCCAAACAAGUAAAGAGAUGCAUAGAAAUAGCUUUAAAUUGUGUGGAUGCAGAUCGACACAAAAGACCAAGUAUAGGGGAAAUCAUUAAUGUUUUGAAUGAGAUGGAGACUGCAAUACAAGUCCCUGGCGCUUCAAUGAAUCACACAGGAUCAUCGAUGAACAAGAUAAAUAGCGACCAGGAAAGAGAGUUCCUAAUUAGGGAUGCAAAGGAAACGCUGGAUUAUGUACAUCGAGGACAAGGGAACACAUCAUUCGAGGACUGCCGACAAACUCACAUAGCAGAACUAGAAGAACAAGAGAGGAAAAGACUGAGCACGGCGGUGAAUAUCUUUGGUGAAGUAGUUGACAACUACAAGUUGGAUCAAAUGCCAGAGUACAUGGGGAAACCUAAGAAGCGGGAAGACCGAGCACGCGAGGCCUUGAAUCUGAUGUGCGAAGACCGCAAAGAUGUCAUGGCUUGCAGGUACUUGUGUCCCAAGGUAAUCAUCCAAGUCUAUUGGCCGCGGGCCACGCAGUGCUUCAUCUAUAACGCGACCGGCGACACCCUCUACCACGUCGGCAACCAUGACUGGUCUGGGCAUAUCCUCAAUGGCAGGGGCUACCCUGAACGGAUUGGCAAUGGGCAGUGGGCUGCCUUCGUUCACUGCCAAGGGUCAUUUUCAGGUUCGAUGGCAUCGGUUAUCUACCGUGGCAAGAACAAAGAUGGUGGAGACCAGCACUACCUGGUUUCCUGGAGUAACCCAAUUAGAUAUACUUUUGGGUCCAACAAGGCUUAUUGCGGGAUCGGCCCUGUAGACUACUUCCAUACACGUUGGGAUCAUACACACGAGAACCUUUCAAAUUCAGAUAACUAUUCAUACGCCAAGUCUGACGGAUGCGAGAUUGAUUCAAAAAUUGGCAAGCGUGAUGCCCCAUUUUUUACUGCAAAGAUCACCUCACUGGUUGGUCAUCUCCAGCAUUGUGCAAGGAUCUAUAUGGAUAAAUAG